UGGGCGAUCAGGCGGUGCUGCGGGCAGCCCGCGACAAGGCCGCGAAGAUGGCGGCCUCCUGGAGGCUAGGUUGUGACCCUCGGGUACUGCGCUACCUCUUGGGCUUCGGCGGCUGCCGAAGACUGGGGCUGGUGAGGGGUGCUUCCGGAUGGUCUUUCGGCCGCGGAGCUAGUUGGAGAUGGGUUCACAGCACGCAGUGGCUGCGGGCUGAUCCCAUUAAGAUACUGAUGCCAUCGCUGUCUCCCACGAUGGAAGAAGGAAACAUUGUGAAAUGGCUGAAAAAGGAAGGUGAAGCUGUAAGUACUGGAGAUGCCUUAUGUGAAAUAGAGACUGACAAAGCGGUGGUCACCUUAGACUCAAGUGAUGAUGGCAUCUUGGCCAAAAUAGUGGUUGAAGAAGGAUCUAAAAAUAUACGGCUAGGUUCACUAAUUGGUUUGCUAGUUGAAGAAGGAGAAGAUUGGAAACAUGUUGAAAUCCCCAAAGAUGUAGGUCCUCCGUCACCAGCUUCAAAACCAUCAGUGCCUUCCCCCUCGCCAGAGCCACAGAUUUCCACUCCCGUCAAAAAGGAACAUUUACUGGGAAAACUGCCGUUCCGUUUAAGUCCAGCUGCCCGUAAUAUUCUGGAAAAACACUCCCUGGAUGCUAGCCAAGGCACAGCCACUGGCCCUCGGGGGAUAUUCACUAAAGAGGAUGCUCUCAAACUGGUCCAGUUGAAAGAAACAGGCAAGAUUGCUGAAUCCAGACCCACCGCAGCCCCUCUAGCUACCCCCACAGUGCCUCUGCCCCCGCAGGCCACAGCCACGCCACCUUACCCACGGCCGAUGAUCCCAGUAUCGACUCCUGGGCAGCCUAAUGUAGCGGGCACAUUCACUGAAAUCCCUGCUAGCAAUAUUCGAAGAGUUAUUGCCAAGAGGUUAACUGAAUCUAAAAGCACCAUACCACAUGCGUAUGCUACUGCUGACUGUGACCUUGGAGCUGUUUUAAAAGCUAGACAAAGUCUGGUCAGAGAUGACAUUAAAGUAUCAGUAAAUGAUUUUAUCAUCAAGGCAGCAGCUGUUACCCUUAAACAAAUGCCAGACGUUAAUGUAAGCUGGGACGGAGAUGGCCCAAAGCAACUGCCCUUCAUUGACAUUUCAGUGGCUGUGGCAACAGAUAAGGGUCUCAUUACACCAAUCAUAAAGGAUGCCGCUGCUAAGGGUAUUCGGGAAAUUGCUGACUCUGUAAAGACUUUAUCAAAGAAAGCGAGAGAUGGAAAACUGUUACCUGAAGAAUACCAAGGUGGAUCUUUUAGUAUUUCCAACUUGGGCAUGUUUGGCAUUGACGAAUUCACUGCAGUGAUCAACCCUCCUCAGGCCUGCAUUCUGGCUGUUGGGAGAUUCCGACCUGUGCUCAAGCUCACGCAGGACGAAGAGGGGAAUGACAGGCUGCAGCAGCACCAGCUCAUAACGGUCACCAUGUCAAGUGACAGCCGAGUGGUGGAUGAUGAACUGGCUACCAGUCAGCACGGAACCGUCCUGAAAUCGGGUGCUCAUUUAAAUACCCAGUCCCGAAAGGCUCGCAGUAGCGGCUGCUGCCCGGCGUCCCCGGAAGACACGCCCGUGGCAGCGGGCUCACCACGCAGCUCCCGCGGAACAGCUCCUGAGGCCGGUGGAGCCCCAGCAUGUCCGCGGUCAGCAAUAUGCUUAAACCAGUUACUCAGUUCUAACAGGCUGUGUUUUCAAAGUAGUCUUAAAAACCUUUGUCACAUUAACAGUUUCAUUAAAAUUGUCACCAAGUGCUUUUUUCAAAAUAACUUUCAUAAGUUAUGUUACUUUCAGUUUUAACUGGAAUUAUUUGGUUUUCCCUCAUUUUUUAUCUGAGGAAUAGAACUUGAGACAGCCACAACUAAGUGUGGCUUGGAGCGGCUUCCACAGAGCGACUGGCACACACGGUAGAGCCUCUCUGUCCCCUGCAGGGAGACGGGCGCUCAGCGCCACCACUGCCAGCCGCGGAGAGUGGUGAACUGCACAACAGAAAUGCCCUGCACGCUUGAGACGUUUUGAUUUUUCAUGGGUUCGCCUCUCAGCUUUUGGUACAAAUUCAUUCUGACUGGAAGCAUUUUCUCAAAUAUUUACACUGAGUAUGUAAGGAAAUUGGCCAUAACACUGAUCUGAGAAAGAAAUACUGUGAACACAGUAAUGUGGUUUGGCUUAUUCUAGAGAAUGAGCUCUAGGUUGCAUGAGGAGGCUCCCGCCUCCAGUUUUUAUAUAGAUAUAUAAAUGCGUUUAUACACACACACACAUGUAAACAUAUAUGUGUUUAUUUUUUAUGUAUAUUAUUUAUGUAUACUUUGUGUAUAUAAUAGGUGUUUGUAGUACUGAUAGGUGUCACACUGAGAGGAUAUAAAAAUUAAAUUUUAUAUCUGGUCAUCUUUUUUCUCAUUUAAUCUGGAAAAUUAGUAAAAUGUGGGAAAGACUUCUAAGGAAAAGGCAACA